AUGGAUCACCACAGUGUGACUUUCCUGGUCCCGUCCCUCAGACAGUGUACCAUGGCCUCUCUCUCUCUGUCCCUGGGACUGCUGGUGCUAUGCACCCUGGCUCUUGUACACUGUGACCUGGAUGACAGCCAUGUCAGGGUGUGGGGCCUUAGUGCCUCCAACCUGAAAGGAGACCUCCUCUCCCAGCCAGACCCCUACGUCAAGGUGUGGUGCGGCCCAGCCUUCGGUGGCAUGAGCAGCAUUCUGAAGAACCAGGCCAACCCCACCUGGCCCGGCGAAUUCAACUUCGUAGACAUCAUUCACAACUCUGUCCUGAAGCUGGAGGUGUGGGAUGAUAACUUCGGAGCAGAUCACCGCCUGGGAACCUGCACCACCACCAUCCGCCGAGGAACACACACUGAGACCUGCCACCUGAAGAAAGGCACCGUCUACUACACCUACAGCUACGACUACAGCCACUAG